AGGCAGCCUAUAUCAACUCAUUCUGAGAGUCAAGAAUAUUAGAGUUGCUCAGAGGCAAUAGAGGCUCUAACAUGUCUUGGUUUUUCACACUACUCUUUUUGAUCAGUUCUCUCUCAUUGACUACUCCCUCAGAAGCUAGCCAUGGGAAGAAGCCCCCAUCUGCAGUUGUUGUAGGCACUGUCUACUGCGACACAUGUUUCCAAGCAGAAUUCUCACAUGCCAGCCACUUCAUUUCAGGGGCUUCUGUUGGUGUAGAAUGCAAAGAUGGGAGUUCAAAACCAAGUUUCCAGGCAGAAGUGAAAACAGAUAGCCAUGGAGUGUUCAGAGUCCAUUUGCCUUUCUCUGUGAGCAAGCGUAUCAAGAAAAUUGAAGGGUGUUCUGUGAAAUUAAUCAGCAGCAGUGAACCGUAUUGUGCUGUGGCCUCAACAACCACUUCAUCUUCACUGCAUCUCAAGUCAAGUGAGCAAGGAACACACAUAUUCUCAGCUGGUUUCUUCAGCUUCAAGCCUCUAAAGCAGCCAAGCCUCUGUAACCAAAAACCAAGCAUUCCAAACUCCAAGGAAUUCAGUUCUCAGAAAUCCUCAUUUCCAGGAAUUUCAGUUACAUCCCCCUUUCCUGGUAAAACUACGAAGGCAGGGCAACUAGCUGAUAAAAAAUUAUUAGGUCUUCCGGGACUGCCAGGACUUCCAGGACUUCCUGGACUUCCGGGACUGCCAGGACUUCCGGGACUUCCAGGACUCCCAGGACUUCCUGUUAAAACUACAGAGGCAGGGCAACUAAAUGAUAAAAAAGUAGCUCACCCAGAUACUUCCUUCACAACACCCUUUACUGGUAAAAAUACAAAGGGAGGGCAACUAACUGAUAAAAAAUUAUUAGGACUUCCGGGACUGCCAGGACUUCCGGGACUUCCGGGACUCCCAGGACUGCCAGGACUUCCAGGACUCCCAGGACUUCCUGGACUUCCGGGACUGCCAGGACUUCCUGUUAAAACUACAAAGGCAGGGCAACUAAAUGAUAAAAAAGUAGCUCACCCAGAUACUUCCUUCACAACACCACAAAUUCCAAAAACAAGUUUGCCUCCAAAUCCAUCACCACCAACAUCUCGCAUCCCUGGAAUCCCACGGGCUUCUUCAAAGCAAACUACUUCUCCAUGAUAUUAAACUGAAAUCAUUAACUAAAUAAAUCAUGUUAAGUUUGUAUGGGGUGUGCAAUUAUCAGAAGCAUAUGUAGUAGGGCUUGUGAGUUUGUACUUUGUAAGGAGUAUGUAAGUUAUUGUACUUGGAAUAAAGCUAUGGUUCUCUCAUCAUCUGACAGAAUUCAUUUACUUU